AUGCGUGGUUUCAUUUUUCUCAUGGCUCGUGCGAUUAAAUCCUAUUCAUAUCUAGUUCAAACAAUUUCUCCUUAUUUUAUAACAGUUCAGCAUAGACGAGUAGUUCUUCUUACAUUUCGUUGUAAUCUAACAAUGAUUUUUAUCAGUUGGAUGACCGGUUUACUUAUUCCAAGCCUUUCAUUUCAUCGACCGUUUGCUUAUCAAUAUGAACUAGAUUCUCCUUUAUGUGUUAUUACAAGUAAAGUUUUUUCAAUAUUUUUUUAUCCGACGAUUUUUAUAUUCUUAAUUUCUCUGGUUAUAAUUAUUUGUCUCUAUGGCUUUGUUCUAUGGCAUACAACACGCUUUAAUCGUAUUCAUUCACAAAAUAUUUCUGUGAUUAGAACUAAACGAAAUAUAAAAGUAUUUCAAAAUAUUCUUAUUAUUUUAACUGUAUUAAUUAUUCGUGCAGCACCUUAUUUUAUCUCGAUUAUAAUUAAUAUUAUAACUGAAAUUCCACAAAUAUUUCAUUUAAUUUCGACUCUAUUUAUUUCAAUGACUAAUACAUUCGAAUCAAUAGCUAUAUUCUUUACUAAUGGAAAUGUUAAAACAAUUUUUUAUAUAAAAAUUGGUUGGCAUCAUGUUGAACCAAGUAAUAAUAUACCGGUGUGUACAAGAAGAGAACAAUAUAUUACUAUAAUGUGA